AUGGCUAUCACCGGAAAGCGAAGUCGACUCCGCUCUCUAUCAACGACUUUGAGCAAAGAUGGAAAAAAGAAAACGAGCUCUCUAUCAACGACUUCGGGCAAAGAUGAACAAAAGAAAACGAGCUCUCUAUCAGCGACUUCGAGCAAAGAUGGUCAAAAGAAAACGAGCUCUCUAUCAACGACUUUGAGCAAAGAUGGACAAAAGAAAAUGGGCUCGAGCCGAGAGAUCACGUUAGAAGAAGAAUCAACUUCAGAGAAAAUCGGCGGAGAGAUGUCGUCAGAAGAAGAUAUUCCAAAGAAGCAAAAGAAACAGCCACACAAGAAAGAAAUGAAUGCAACUUACGAUGAGAUGAUCGCCGAAGCUAUCAACUCGGCUUUCAUGCAAGGAAUCACCAUGUCGGGCAUUCGCGAAUUUAUCGAGGAAAACUACGAAAUCCCCUCAGAUCUGAAACAUGGCCCUAAAUUGUCCCAACUUUUGGCAAAUGGAGUGACAAAUGGUAAUUUCACACGUUUCCUCGACAAAGGAAAGCAGAUGAAGUACGUGCUGGCGAAAUCGGCCGACGAAAUUCUUCAACCCUCAACUGUUCCACAGCCACAGCGCCGAUGGUCGGAGGGAUCAACCAGCGGCAGCAAAGUCGGCACGCAUCCGCCCUACAUGCAAAUGAUUCUCGAGGCAAUCUUUGACAUGGCUGAUCGUCAAGGAUCGACAGGAAUUGCGAUUCUCAAAUACAUCCGGGAGCACUUCGCGAUCAGCGACAAUCCGGCGACUACAAAGUACUUAUGGCGACGUCUAGAAGAUGGAGUGAAGUCUGGUGAAAUCGAACGCUCAUCUGGGAUGGGUCCAAUGGCAAGAUACAUACCUUCGAUGGAAUGGCUCACGGCUCAGCGCUUCUCUCAA